CCACCAUAUUGUAACGCAACACCCAGGAGAGAGGGGGAAAUCUUUGAAGCCCCACAAUUUGCGAUCUCGUAUCAUCUUGCAGGCGGCAUCAUAUCACCCCAGAUCUCGUUAAACCAACCGGCAAUAAUGGCCGACAUCGACGACGAUGACGACUCUUUCGGUGAAUUCACAUUCGCCCCUACCCAAAUCCCAAUCACCACCACCCCAAACGACGACGUUUGGGGCGAUUUUAACUUUUACCAAAACAACGCAACCGAUCACACCGUCAAGCCUCUGCCUCCGUCACCGCCGCAGACACAGACACAACCUAAGUGGGAGAAGAUUCAAGGAGCUUUGCCGCUAUCACUUUUUGGAGAUGAUGAGGAGCAGGAUGAGAAAUUGGUUAUACCUGUGGUAGGAAAUGAUGUUAAACAAUUGAAUUAUUCCGGCAGUAGUGGUUUUGUAUCCGGUAACAAUAGUUACAAAAGCAAUGGGCAAUUGGGGAUUAAUGACCUAAUUGCGGAUCUGUAUGGUCCUAGACAGUUGCAGCCGCAGCAGAGUGUUAAUGGCAGUGAAUUGCUUGUAUCCCAGGAUCCACUUUCAAGAUCAAAUUCGAAUUCAGUGACUUCUUUUGGAUUGGAUACGGUUUCAGCAGCUGCUGGGGAUCAAGGAUCUGUUGAUGAUGAAGGUGGUUGGGAGUUUGUUAACGCGUUUUCGGACUCCAAAGUAGCUCGAAACGAGAAGGAUCAUAAGGAACUUUCUGUGUCUUCAUCGGGUGUGCAAGGCGGUUCACGUGGGGCUAUUGAUCUAUUUGCAGCAACAAACAAUGGAGUUUUUGUUGAAUCUCAUGUUACAGACAGUGGGCUUGAUCCCAAGCUGAUUACAAACUUUCAAAAUGGUUUUUCUGCGGACUUAAAACCGGAUUCCAAAAGUACCACAAAUGAGUUAAGUUCAAAUCCACUUGGUGGGACUGGGAAUGAUGAUUUUGAUGAUACAUUUGGGGAGUUUGAGACUGCAUUUACGCAACAUUCGUCCGUGAAGAAGGAAUCAUCUGAAGAAAGGUUCGACCCAUUGGGUUCACAUAACAAAUCCCAUGGAUCAGUUGAUUUAUUUCCGUUUUCAAACGGAGCUCCUAGCAGAUCACACAUGGAGAACAACGGGUUUGACUUUAGUCAAAUCAGUCACGCCCCAGCGGUUGAAAACAGUUCUGCAUCAGAUCCAUUCUUUCAAACCGAGUGGAAUGAACCUAAAGAUGACUCGGAUUCAAAACCUCCUGACGUGCGUGCUAAUGAUGAAAGUUUCGGGAAAUUUGAGACGACAUUUCAAGAGUCUGUAUCAAAGCCGGAGGGAUUUGAGGCAAGUAAGAAGAAUUACAAAGAGCCAGUGCCGCUUUCGAUUUUUGGCAUUGAAGAGGAUCCCGAAGCUGAUAAUUCCUUGAAUCUUGAGCAUGAAUUGUUUAAAACAUCAACCAAGCAUACACGAACUCUGAGUUCAAAUUUAUCGAUUAAUGAUAUCUUAUCAGAUUUGUACAGCCAAGCGCAGCCAAUCAGUUCCGACACGAAGAACGAUUUACUGCAUUCUACCGGCAAUGAAUAUGGUUCUCGUGUAGCGGAUCAUAAUGAUAACGAUAACGAUGACGAUGAUGAUGAUGGUUAUGCUGAUGAUUCAUGGGAAUUUAAGGAUGCUUCCUUUCAAGUUGGAAACCAGAAUUUGUCGUUUGAAAAGAAACGGGACGAUUGUGUGAAUCUUUAUUCCAACUUAAAAGACGAGUUAUGUGUUGUUGCAAGACGACAUCUUCACAGUUUAAAGAAAGCUCAAAGUACCGCUACUCUUGCUGGAGAAGAAACGAAAGUUGCAUCCCUCGAUAAAGAAAUCCAGGAGGCCUUGGAGAAGAUUCACCAAAAAGAUAUAUCCACAGAGAUACAGCUAGAUGAUCAUUCAGAAAGCGUUAUUUCUCUUAAAAAAUAUAUCGAAACUUUCCAAGAGCCAGAUUUUCAAGUUUUGGAUUCAGAAUAUAACAUAUCAAGAAGAUUAUUAUUAGCAGAAUCCGAUUUGUCAGCAGCCGUUGAUCUCAUCAACCACUUUACAACAGUACUAAAGGUUCUAACACUAGCUCCGAAGUGCGAACCAGCUGAUUACGUCUCCCUAUGGUUUAAGGUGAUCACAGUAUGUUCUCAAGAACUGAAUCAUGGCACCUGGAUUUUGAAGCAAUCGUUUGAAAAGAAUGUUCAUAGUGAAAUACUCUCUGAGAAACAAGGCAGACAGUUCAUUAUUGCCCUUGGAGAGAUUUACAGAGCUGUAAUGAUUAUGGAAUUAUCAAUUAAAUUUUACAGACCGUGGAUCUUGUUAAGCGGUGCUGAUAUAGAGGGAGUUUCCGGUCUUCUAGAAGAAUGUCAUGCCCUCUGGUCAACUUCAAGACUCGAGGAAUUCAUCCCUGUCGAUUAUUUGUUAGAGUCCAUCAGGCAUAUUCAAAACCUUGAUGAAAUUGCAAUGGCAGAAGAUCAAAUUCUUUCUCAAGAGGAAACGCAAUGUGGGAUAUCACUUUUAUCACCACGAGUGGUGCCAGAGAUGAAAAUGGUGACAUGGAAUGAAGAUAAAUAUUUUGUGACGCUUGCAAAUUUGUGGGCGAAUUUGAUCAGCUCUGAUCCCCCAAAGUUGUCUAUCCAUGUUGGCUGACAUACGAGAAUGCCCUUCUGUUUGACAGAAAUUACGCAUAUGCCCGGUGCAUUUUUUUGCAGAAGAAUAUACUUAAUCGGAAUGCAGUGGCCUUCUUCCAACAUGAUCAAGGUUUGUAGAUGUCGUCCCUUGUAUAAGGAUCAUUUGGUAAUUAGUGCAGCCAUUGUUUGAUAAGUUUGCAGGUUGUUGUGGACUACAAUUUAUAGGAGCUAUUCUUGGAAACAUUUAUAUAUAAAUUUUUUUUUUUUUUUUUUGUGAUUUGGUUUGGAAACAUUUUUAUUGAAGAAAAAGAAUGAAAAAAAGCUAUGACUAGCUCCUAAAAUGA